AUGCAAGGCCCCCCUGUCCCGUGGUGGAUUCGUAUCCUAGGGGUGGUGGGGAAUGUGCGGGAGAUUGUGAGUAAGGGACACCAUCAGUGCCACGUGGACUGGAUGGCUGGUCACGGCCACCUGUACUCUGGUAACCACUGGGCUGGUUUGAGGAGCGCCCUGACUCCCAUGUUCCACCGCUCCACCCAUCUGCACUCCUUCCUUCCUGGCAUGCACCUGGGGCUUGCGUCUAUCGGCUCUGCUUGCUUUGGUGAAGACCUGUGGUUUCAGCAGAACGCUACUGCCACACUCACAGCUGCGACAGCCCACACUGAGGCAAGCGAGCAGGCAGCGGCGAAGCUAGGGGCGCACAGUAGCUCUACCCACCCUGCUCCUCCUCACACCGCGUUACCACCACACACAGAACCACACUCUACCGCACCACACACUGCUGCACCGCACACUGCGGCUCUGGCACGGGCAUACGGGGCAAACGAGCAGGCAGGGGCGAAGCUAGGGGCCCUCUCAUCGCUCCUCCUGGCCCUAUUCCCUCUGAGCCUGCGCCCCUGGGUGCAUGCGCUGCUGGGUGUUCUGCCUGGGAGCACCGUGGGUGCUGCGAGGGAGAGACACCGAGAGCUGAUGAAGGCAUGGAAGCGGAUGUUGGAAGCAAAGAGGCAACAACAGUCCCAAGGCAACAACAGCGCUGCUGACAUACUGACCUUUCUCAAAAGCUUCCGAGACAAGGGCACAGGUGCAACACUGCUCGAAUAUGAUCUUCCUCUGAUCCUCUUUGGCCUCCUGGGGGCCGGUGUGGGCACCACAUCGUCCACCCUGGCUUUUGCUGUUCUCAUGCUGACUCAGCACCCGGAAGUUGCAUGGAAACUUCAGGCUGAAAUCGACAGGUAUUUUGAGGAGAGGGAGCAGCAGGGAGAGGGGAUGGGGGAGGGGAAAGGGGAGAAAGAGGAGGAGGGAGAGGGGGAGGGAGAGGGGGUGGAGAAGGAGAAGAGAGGACCCUUAGACACACCUGCUUCUUUUGAACGGGGACUCUCGUUUGAAGGCCUAGAAGAGCUUAAGUAUCUUGACAUGGUGGUAAAAGAAACACUUAGGCUAUACCCCGCUGCACCUGUAGCUGCCCGCCUGCCCGUCCAUGCAACGACUCUGGCUGGUUACCACAUCCCUGCAAAUACGCCCGUUGUGGUUCCCAUUUUCGCUGCACACCGCUGCCCGGAUUUCUUCCCCCGACCGCUUUCGUUCCUUCCCGAACGUUUCGGUCAGCGGGCAACAGCUGAGAAGAAAGUUUUGGGGAACGAGGCAGGGAGGAGAAAGGAGGAAGAAUCUCGAGCCAUCAUUGAUGGGUUACUUGAUGACCCCACACUCAUCGAUUUCAGUUUCCCUGACCAAAUAUGUGGCACAUGGCACCACAACUACAUGCGCAUGCACCAGCAAAUCCGGGCAGCCAGCAAAAAUCCCUCCGCCGCCCCACCGCCCGACACGCCGCCCGUGAAAUUUCUCACCUUUGACGGCCUCAGCCACUGCGACAGCCUCGGGGAGACCCUCAUGGGGCUGACGUCAGCAUUCACUGUAGCUCUCCUCACUAACAGGGCCUUCGUUAUAAAGCACCCGUGCAUCCCCAUGGCUUUUGAACCGGCGUUGAUCGACUGGCAACCGACAGAAGAUGUGGGCUUUGAGCCGGUCAGAAACGAAAAUUUUCCGCUGGACCCUUCGAACAGGGCAGUCAAUCCUCCAAUAGGAGCGAGUGACAUAGUGGAAAUUAACCUGGAAUUACAUCCCGAGGCGCACCCAGAAAAGGUGUUUCCGCAGGUGGAAGCUGCGAGGAACCUGCGAGUGGUGUGGAAUAAGGAUCUGCUGGUCCAUAUGCUGAAGGGGGCGAAUGGGUCGGUGUGGGGGGAGAGGCUCAUGGAAAUGGGUAUCAGGAUCCCGUAUGCUUUCGGCUGCUUUGUCCGAUACCUGCUCAGGCCCAAGCCGGAGGUGUGGCACAGGAUGCAGCCGUUUGAGAAGCACCUGAGGGGAGACAAGGUGGUGAGCAUCGGCAUGCACGAUGUGGAAAACUGGUGGUACCCGCCAUUCCUCAAUGUGAAAUGGCUUGUUAUUAGCGACUCACUGCAACUCAAACAAAAGGCCAUUGAAGUCAACGAGUCCAAGAUCGUGAUUACCGAAUUCGACCCGUGGGUCCCACCCUCCCUCCUCAGCAUCAGCCCCCCUCCCCCUCCGCCUCCCCCUCCCCCUCCUGCACCCGCGCCCGCACCCCCUCCCUCCGUCCCUUCUUCUGAUCCUGCCACCCCCACGACCACCACCCCAGAGGGACCCCCUCUCCCUCCCAUCCCCACGGUUCAAGAAUUCCAAGAGACAGUCACUGAGUGGCUUCUCCUCUCCUCGUGCAACUCCUUCAUUGUUUCGACCUCCGCCUUUGGUCGUACGGCUGCCAUGUAUUCAAUGCGCCCUAUGAGCAUGCACAUGCCACGCUCGUGCGACCCUCAGACUCCCGUCCGCGUUAGCAGCUUCGGAGAGGAGUCCAAGCGGCAAUUCUGA